ACUCAGGUGCCAAAUCUUGAGAUGAAGUUGACAUUACAUUAUCCAUCCUCUCCAUCAUGAACCAAUUGGUAAUCACUUGCAAAUUCUGUUUCCUCAUCAUAUUUCAUUCCGUCCUAGUCUCUAUCUUAGACCUUUGCCAGUGAGGUUAACCGACGAUGCCAACAAAAGGGCUGACUAACAGUUUGGUAAAAAGGGAGCUUAAACCGGCAUCAAUUAGUGUUGUGGUGCAAUGGAAUAUAUAGUAGAUAUUAAAUAUAUAGUAGAAUAUUCUGCAAUCAUAUCAUUGUAUCAACUGUUGUUUCUUCGACAUAGAAGACAAACAGGCCAAACUCGGCAUCCCGUCUGCGCGAUCUCCGCAGCUCGCAUUUGUUUCUAUCAUUAUUAUUCUCUGCCCCUUUCUCAGCUCCAAUUCUCCUCACUGUGAUACCCAGACACCAUGGAAGAAGAAGACGACGACUUCUAUGACCCGGCCGACGUAGUUCCGCCUACUCAAGUGCAAAAUAAUCCACAACACGAUCCGUCCAAUGGCCACGAAACGGGCGAUGCGGAGGAAGAAGAGAUAGAGGUGGAAGAUGACGAUGAUGACUUCAAUAUCAUUACAGAAGCACCACCAGAUGCGCCGCCGCCAGAAAUACCACAUCCUCGCCAUGCCAAUCUUCGGAAUGACUCCCAGCGACCCUCAUCCAUAGAUGCGUCCGUGUCAAAAUCCGUCACGCCAACCCCGAAAAUAGAGUCCGCAACCCCAGUGCCCGCCGCUGCCAGACCAGCCGUGCCACAAAAACCGGGCUCAGCAUAUCCACCCGUCCACGCGUCGAACAUCGAUGUCCACGUGAACCCAGUACACCCGGCGACUGGAAAGCCGAUCCUUUUGACAGACAUGGACAACGAUUUCCCUGCCGAUGAUAAACCAUGGCGGCGACCGGGAUCAGACAUUUCGGAUUACUUUAACUACGGAUUCGAUGAGUUUACGUGGGCCAGCUACGUCUUGAAGCAACAGGAGUUACGACGGGAAGUGGGAGACCAGAGAAAACAACUGGAUGACAUGCAGAACUUCAUGAGCAUGGGAAUGCCGCCAAUGCCCGGUGGUCCCCCACCGGGACCUGGACCUGGAGCUGGCGGCGCACCACCGGGAAUGCCGCCAAUGCCUGGCAUGCCCGAGAUGUCACCCGAUAUUAUGCAGGGCAUGCUGACGGGCAUGAUGUCUCAGGGUCUAGAUCCGUCAUCGAUGGAUCCCAUGUCCUUCAUGCAACAUGCGCAGGCGAUGAUGGGCCCACAGCCCGGGGCCGCUCAACCUCAAGCUCAAGGAUUUGGAGGACAAGGUGGUCACCAGAUGGGGUACGGAGGAUAUGACCAACGAGGUGGAUUUGGAGGUCGCGGACGGGGACGAAGAUGGUAGAAUUUAACCUAUUGUGAAUCUUGCUUUUCUAUAAUUCCCAGUGACGGGACGGAUAUCGCGGCGUUUGAAAAUGCAUUUGCAUCGAUUUAGGAUUUAGCAAUUGAGUGUUCUUGCUAAUGAACUGCUUGUGUUCUCAUAUCGUGGAACCGUCUAGCAUCU